AUUCUGCGGUACUUCCCUUCUCGCGAAGCAUCCUCGGCUCCUUGCUCUCUUUCACGAGUUCUUACCUGACCAUGCACAAGAUCAUUCUUGCUGGAGCUCUUGCUCUUUCCUGCAGCUUCGAUGCUGUCUCCGCCUUUGUUGCUCCCGGAGCCUCAAUGGGCAAGGCCAUGGUUGCUCCCCGCCUCCGCUCCAGCACCUCCAGUGUUGCUGGUGGCCUUCGCAUGCAGUCCAAGGCAGACAUCGUUGCUCCUCUCUUCGAAGCCAACAAGAAGUGGAUUCAGGCAAAGAAGGCCAAGGACCCCAAGUUCUUCGACAGGCUCGGAAGCGUCCACAAGCCCGAGGUCUUCUGGAUCGGCUCUGCUGACUCCCGUGUUGCCGCUAACGAGAUCAUCGGUGCUGAGCCCGGUGAAGUCUUCGUCUGCCGCAACAUGGCCAACAUCGUGCUUCCCUUCGAUGUGAACUUGAUGAGUGCCCUCCAGUACGCUGUUGACUACUUGGAGGUCCAGCACAUCAUCGUCUGCGGACACUACUCCUGCGAGGGCAUCAACAUCGCUCUCAACAAGGAGAACUAUGCCAGCCCUCUCGAGAACUGGAUCUCCCACGUCCGCAACGUUUACCGUGCGCACGCUGACGUCUUGGAUGCCAUUCCGGACGAGGAGCAGCGCAAGAGGAAGCUCGUCGAGCUCAACGUCAUGGAGUCCUGCAUGAACGUCUACCAGCUCGCCAUUGUGCAGAACCGCCUCAAGAUGACCAAGCCCACUCAGCCCUACAGCACUCCUCGCAUCCACGCCUGCGUGUACGAGACCGGCACUGGUGAGUUGAAGAAGAUCAACUGGUUCCCUGAGGGCAUGGAGGAUCCCUUCGGAAUGAGGUACGACGAGUCCAGCAACGCUGAGGUUGCUCAGAACCGCAAGGUUCUCGAGGAGGCCAUCAAGAAGUGAACGUGAGCGUCUUUCCUGGAAAGAUAGCAGUCUGUUCGCAGUUGUUUCUUGGACAGUACCGUGUAGUGUAUGGUGGAUCAUGGACGCGCAAGGUUAACUUGCUGCUUGUUACAAUGUUUAAAGUGCAAUAAACUGUGAUAGUUGCAGCAUAUCAG